CGUCACCGGCUCUCCGUACAGGACAGACAGGCAGUCACAUGACACGCGAGCAUGUGACUAACCAGAGUGAUCACGUGACUGAGGCGGCAUUGUUACCGCGAAGUUAGAACUGUGGUAGGGGAAAAUGGAGCUUCCGUCGUUCACAUUCGGUAACCUGAGACCGGAGCCCGAAGACUUCACGGUGUUCAUGUGCGGGAAGUGCCGGCUCCCGCUGGGGGACUCUUCGGACUGGGACGGCCUUGUGUGCGAGGACGGGGUCUUCCAUCUGAAAGCUGUUUCAGAUAAUGUUUGCUUUGAAAAUGAGCCAAUCAUAUCCAGUUAUCCCAAUGAAACGGGCUGUGUUUUUCAGAUCUUGCAAUGCAAAGGAUGUAUGUCACCUGUUGGAAGGAUUUAUUUGUCUACACCCAGAGGCCAGGACAGCAAGAUUGACGUUUUCACUUUAAAUCUCUCUGCUGUCACAAUGUAUACACUUGGUUCUGCAAGAAAACAGGUACUAUCGCCGUGUGAUGCGCCCGUCACACUGGAGAAGUGUCAUAUAUUUGAAGAUGAAAUAAAAAAGUGCAAACAAGUAUUGGGAGUAUUGCAGAGAAAAGUUGCAGCUCUGGAGUCCGAAUUCCAACAUUCACCUUGUGAAGAGGAAGAUAAUUCUUGAAGUUUCUUGUCUCCGUCCUAAAGUUUUGUAGAAUAUUAAACUUGGUUCUGUAAUUGUAUUUUGCACAGCAAUGAUUGCACAUGCAUCUGUGUAAGCAUUUUGAGAAAAAUCAUGGCAUUUUAAUUUUAAUGCAAUGCAGCCUGGAGCAACCAAUAGUUACUCAGGUGGUGGUUACUUAUUCCCCAACCAUAUAUAUAUUUUUUUAUUUUGUUA